AGAGGGAGAAAAGGGUACACUGCGGAUGCAAAGGAGGGGGGGUGUGUGGGCGUGCUUGUGUGCGUGUUUACAUUUAAAAGGGUGGGUUGGAUUAGUCUGUGUGGCCUUUUCUUUUUAAAAAGUCCAUCACGCUUCUCUCAUCUUCUCUUCAUCGUCUUCUUCUCCUUCUUCAACCUCGCUCUCUGUCUUUCUGCCUCUCUCUCUCUGUGUGAUGGAGCUGGCUCUGAGUUUGGGGGACGCGUCGAAGUCGUUCUCGUUCCUCGACAAAGCCCCGAAGAUGGCCGAGGCCAAGGACGGUAGCAACGGGGAGCUUGGGUUCUGCAUGGGGUUGGGGAUAAGUGGAAGGUCGUCGAGAGGCGGCGGCGGCGACGACGACGACGACGACGGUGAUGGUGACAGGAGAGAGAGUCCGGCGACGGAUCGCCGCCGCCACCACCAACAACAUCAUCCUCCUUCUACUCUUCUUCAGCUCCAUCUCUUGCCUUUCUCUGCGACCAAUCCCAGGAACAACCACCACAACCACAAGCCCUCCACCUCUCAGUUUCGCCUUCCGUGGCUCACCGAUCACUUGGGCUCCGAGCCGGAAUCGUCGGGCGGGGCCGGCAAGGGCCUGGACGUGAACCGGUUCCCGGCGGCGGAGGAGGCGGAGCAGUCGUCGCCGAACAGCGCGCUGUCGUCGUUCCAGAUGGACUUCGGCAUCAGAAGCGGAGGAGCAGGAUUCAGAAGCGGCGGCGGCAACAAGAGGGUCGACAUGGAAGGAGACAUCGAGAGGGACUGUUCGAGAGGCAGCGACGACGACGACAACGGCCUCACCCGGAAGAAGCUCAGGCUCUCCAAGGAACAGUCGGCUUUCCUCGAGGAGAGCUUCAAGGAACACAACACCCUCAAUCCCAAGCAGAAGCUAGCUUUGGCAAAACAGUUGAAUCUCCGUCCUCGCCAAGUUGAGGUGUGGUUCCAGAACAGAAGAGCCAGGACGAAGUUGAAGCAGACGGAGAUAGACUGCGAGUACUUGAAGAGGUGCUGCGAGACGCUGACGGAGGAGAACCGGCGGCUCCAGAAGGAGCUCCAGGAGCUCCGGGCCCUCAAGACCUCCCAGCCCUUCUACAUGCAGCUCCCGGCCACCACCCUCACCAUGUGCCCCUCCUGUGAGCGCGUCGCCACCACCACCACCGCGCCCGCCUCCUCCCCCGCCGCCGCCGCCGCCCCACCCAUCGCCAAGCCGAAACCCAGAGCUUACCCGUUCCCCCACGCCCCCCAGCUCCACCACAUCCCCCAGGCCCAACCCCAGGCCCACCAGGCCACCUCUUGAUCAUGACCGCCGGCGAGGCGACGGCGGCGCACGCGCCUCCCACCGCCGAUGACUCCGUGUACAUACCUUGGCUUGGUUCGUUAAUUUAAUGUGGGCGGUUUUAUUUUGGGCUUUUUUUAAUAUUUAAUUCCUCUUAAAUUUGGUUGGGGUUCUGUUUCUCCUGGGUUGUCCCUACUGGUUUUUUUUUGGUAGAGGGAAAGCUUGGUGGUGCUGUGUUGGGGAAGAGUCAGAGGUCACGACCUUGUCCAAAAAAUGGCUAAUGGGAAGAGAUUUUAGGUCAAAAGAGAUGGUUGGUCAGUUAAGGAAAUUACAACAUUUUUUUUGUUCUUAUUUCUUGAUACAUAUAUAUCUUUUUUUCCUCGGAAA